CCCCCUUAGGAGCUCAGUUAAAAAAAGGGUAGUGGUGGUAGAAAGCAAGAGGGUGUACGUUACAGGAAAAGGUGACCGAUGUCGCGACGGAUGCGGGCAGGUUUGCUCGUUCAUCCAUAAAGUUCUUUCUAAAAGUCGUGUGCAAAGAAAAAGAGUGUUUUGUCAAGAAAAAAAAAAAAUUCAUUUUUAUUUAUUUUUUUUUUUUUAGUAAAAUAAAUAAUUGAAAUCAAUUUUUUUUUGUGAUUAUUGUGUCUCAGUGAAAUUUAUCUCAAGUGAUUUGAAAGAAAAAAAAAAAAAAAAAACUCUCAAGAUGAUGAAAUUCAAGCAACAGGGCUUGGUCUCUGACCUAAUGCCCAAUCUUCGAUUGAUGCAAAUCAGUGGACAUUUUAUGUUUAAUUAUUAUGGAGAUGCAAAAAAAUUCGCUCACAAAAUUUACUGCAGUGUGCACUUGGUUUUGAUUCUCAUUCAAUUUGGAUGUAUGGCUUUCAAUUUGGUUCUCGAGAGUGGUGAUGUCGAUGAUUUAACAGCAAAUACGAUAACAAUGCUAUUUUUCACUCAUAGCGUAGUGAAAAUAAUAUAUUUUGCCGUGAGGAGUAAACUUUUUUAUCGAACCUUAGCAAUUUGGAAUAAUCCAAAUAGUCAUCCAUUAUUUGCUGAAAGCAAUGCAAGAUAUCAUUCAAUAGCCCUGACAAAAAUGCGAAGAUUAUUAUUUUCUGUGGGUGCCGCAACAUGUCUUGCAGUAUUAUCAUGGACCACACUUACAUUUAUAGGCGAUUCCGUAAAAACAGUUACUGACAAAGUGACUAAUGAAACUACCACCGUUGAGAUCCCAAGACUGAUGCUUCGAGCGUGGUACCCAUUUAACGCGAGUCAUGGAAUGAAACACAUUCUAAUGCUCGUUUACCAAUUUUACUUCCUUCUUGUGACAAUGACAGAUGCCAAUUCAUUGGAUGUUCUCUUUUGUUCGUGGUUGUUGUUUGCCUGUGAACAACUUCAACAUCUUAAACAAAUUAUGAAACCCCUUAUGGAGCUCAGUGCAACUUUAGAUACAGUUGUACCGAAUAGCAGUGAACUCUUCAAGGCCGGAAGUGCAGAGCACCUUAGAGAUAAUCAAGCGCCUCCAACUGAAGGUGGUGAAAAUAAUAUGUUGGAUUUGGAUGUUCGAGGGAUUUACAGUAAUCGACAAGAUUUCACGGCGACCUUUAGGCCAACAGCGGGAAUGACAUUUAAUGGUGGUGUUGGUCCAAAUGGUCUCACAAAGAAACAAGAAAUGCUUGUGAGAAGUGCCAUCAAGUACUGGGUUGAAAGACAUAAACACGUCGUGAGGUUGGUAACGGCUGUUGGCGAUGCUUAUGGCGUGGCAUUGUUAUUGCAUAUGUUGGCAACGACUAUAACUCUAACUCUCCUUGCAUACCAAGCGACUAAGGUAAAUGGAAUUAACGUCUAUGCUGCUUCCACGAUUGGUUACUUGCUAUACACUUUGGGUCAAGUAUUUCUUUUUUGCAUUUUUGGCAAUCGACUUAUCGAAGAGAGCUCCUCAGUCAUGGAAGCUGCUUAUUCUUGUCAUUGGUACGAUGGUUCAGAGGAGGCAAAAACUUUUGUUCAAAUUGUAUGUCAACAGUGUCAAAAAGCUAUGUCAAUAUCAGGGGCGAAGUUUUUCACAGUUUCUCUCGACUUGUUCGCUUCGGUAUUGGGAGCUGUCGUUACAUACUUCAUGGUGUUAGUACAACUGAAAUAAACACCAGAUCUUCACUAAUUAUUGUACAUUGCAGAAAAUGUACCGAAGAAUUGAAAAGAAGAUUUUUUAUUUUGCUCCAAAUCUUCAGACUUGGAUUAUUUUUUAAUUUUCUACAAAUAACUAAAAUCCUACUAAAAUAAUUUAUUUUACAUUAAAAAAAAUAGUAAAGAAAAAUGUCAAUUUAUUUCUCAAAUUUAUUAAUUAAUAAUUAUUAAUUUAGAAAAAUAAUAAUAUUUAUUAAUUAAUAUUUACUAUGAAUUUUUUUAUAAUUCGUGUAAUUUUAAAUUAACUACCUUUCAUUUUUUUUCAUAUAUU